AUGGUUUUCGAACAUCUUAGUGAAGCGAAGCUCUUCAAGAUUCCAAAGAUUCCUUGGAAUGACCAUGUACUCUACGACGAUGUUUACACUUCAAAGGAAGGAACUAGUCCUGAGAACUCACUCACUGGAUCGUUCUUCUUUAUCGAAAACACCGAUGCUGCUCCCGAAACGCUCCCGAAAUAUAUUUCCGAUGAAACCGGUGUUGUGUUAAGAGGAACUGUGAAACUGGAGGAUGAGACCGGCAAACAGGUUACCAUGAAAGCUGGUGAUACUUUCUUCAUUCACCGAGGCUCUGAAGUCACCUGGAGCAGUGACGAUUAUGCCCUUUGCUUUAAGGCGGGCAACCGUGCCAAGUUUGACAUGUAA